ACUUGAUUAAGAAAACUACUCGAUCAAGUUCACUACAUUGCAACCAUUGUUCUCUUACCUUUCUCUGAAAAUCCGAUCACUUUGCUGUUGUUGUUGAGAUCAUAACAUGGCUGGUGUACUUGUUGGUGGAGCUUUCCUCUCUGGCUUCAUUAACUUGUCUUUGACAGGCUCCUUACAACUGAUACUGUCAACUUGGUCUUGGGCAAGAAGCUUCGUCCGGACUUGGUUGAAAGGCUGAAGACUGCUCUGUUGGGUGCUGAAGCUCUUGUUGCUGAUGCUGAGAUGAAGCAGUUCGGCAAUCCAUUGGUGAGGAAGUGGCUCGAUAGUCUCCGGGAUGCUGUUUACUGUGCUGACGACUUGCUCGACUCUGUCCUCAUCAAAGCUAAAACUGGAAAAAAGCUACGGUCUUCCUGGUCCAUUAGCUUCUUCAAGGACCGGCAUAGGGAGAUGGUAGAUAGGAUGGAAGAGGUGGUUACAAAAAUAGAGUAUCUUGGAAACCAAAAAGAUUCUCUUGGUCUUGGAAAGAUUCCCACUGGUAGCUCAUCAUGGAGGAUUCCAAGCAGUUCUCUUGUAAGAGGGAAUGUGUAUGGCAGGGAAGAUGACAAGAAGGCCUUAGUCCAGAUGUUGAAUGACAACAAUGAGAAUCAAUUGUCUGUGAUAGCUAUUGUUGGCAUAGGUGGGGUUGGUAAAACUACUUUAGCCCAAUGGCUGUACAACAAUCAGGAGGAGUUCAUGACGGGAUUUGAUCUGAAAGCAUGGGUUUGCGUUUCGGAGAAGUUUGAAGUUGUUGAGACUACAAGGAAUGUCAUAAAGCAGAUCUAUGGAGGUUCUUGUAGUCUCGAUGAUUUCAAUUCACUUCAAAAUGCUUUGAAAGGAGAAUUGUCCAAUAAGAAGUUCUUUAUUGUUCUUGAUGAUGUUUGGAGUGAUGAUGGUGACAAAUGGAGUAAUUUUAUGACCCCUUUCCAAUAUGGGAAGAAGGGAAGUAUUGUUCUUCUAACUACUCGCGGGGAAAAUGUUGCUUUAGCAGUUAAGAACUGUCGCCCUUAUUAUCUCGGAGGGUUGUCAGAACACUAUUGUUGGUCAGUGUUUGCAGACAAUGCGUCUUUUCAACAAUCAAAUGGGAGUGCAGAACUUGAAGUCAUUGGCAGAGAGAUUGUCAAGAAGUGUCGUGGCUUGCCAUUAGCUGCAGAAACACUUGGACGCUUGUUACGUGCAAAGCAUGAUGUUCAGGAAUGGAAAGAUAUACUGACGAGUAAUAUUUGGGAAUUUUCUGUGGAGAAGAGUAAGAUCAUUCCAGCAUUACUCAUUAGUUACUUCUAUCUCCCUGCACAUUUAAAGCGUUGUUUUGUGUAUUGUUCUUUAUUUCCCAAAGAUUAUAAGUUUAAGAAAAAUGAAUUAAUCCUUCUGUGGAUGGCAGAAGAUCUUUUACCAUCCUCAAAGGGAAGAAAGAGUUUAGAAGAAGUUGGUUGUGAGUGUUUUGAUGAACUUACUUCCAGAUUAUUUUUCACAAAGAUUCAAAAUGAUGGUGAUUAUUUUGUGAUGCAUGAUCUCUUGCAUGACUUAGCAAUAUUUCUUGCUGGAGAUUUCUAUUGCAACUCAGAAGAACUUGGUGAAGAGGAGAUCAGCAAUCAGACUCGACAUUUGUGCGUAAAUUUAAGUCGAUGUAGCCCAAAACUUUAUAAUUCUAUUUCUAAAGUAGAAUCUUUAAGGACAUUGUUGCUUAUUAAAGAUUUAUUCUCUCCUGACUUCAACGUUGAAAUGGCAACACAUGAAAUAUUAUCUAAGUGUAAAUACUUGAGAGUUUUAUCCCAUGAUCAACUUGAUGUGUUGCCUGAUUCAAUGGGAAAAUUGAUCCAUCUGCGCUACCUCAAUCUCUCUUAUUGUCAUAUUAAGAAGUUGCCAGAGUCUUUGUGCAACUUGUGUGUUUUGCAAACAUUGAGGUUGCAUCGUUGUGUUUAUCUAUCUGCAUUGCCUAGUGAUUUGCAUCAUCUUGUGAGUUUGCGGCAUCUUGAUAUUAGAGAAACUUUUCUGCCAAAAAUGCCUGGAAAAUUGAGCAAGUUGAAUCAACUUCAAACUUUAAAUCACUUUGUCGUCAGCAAGCAUAAACACAAUGGAAUCCAACAGUUAGGAGGGCUUCCAAAUCUUCAUGGAUCACUUGAGAUUGAGAAGUUGGAGAAUAUUGUUGAUGUGAAAGAGGCAGAGAGCGCAAAGAUAUCGGAUAAGCACAUUGAUGAAUUAAGCUUGGAAUGGUCUUCAGGUGCUGAUAUGGUUUCAAACACACAAACAGAAAGAGACAUGCUUGUUAACUUGCAACCGCACUAUGAAUUGAAAGAGUUGAGAAUCAAGGGAUACAAGGGUACAACAUUUCCAGAUUGGUUGGGGAACUGUUCCUACAACUAUGUGACAGGUAUUUUUCUAGACUCUUGCAAGAAUUGCUGCAUACUGCCUUCACUUGGACAACUGCCAUGUCUCAAGUCUCUAUGGAUUAGUCGUUUUGAUAAGCUGGAGAGUGUUGGCAAGGAGUUUUACAAGAGUGAAAGCGAUCAUCAUUCUUUGCCAUAUGCACCAUUUCCCUCACUGGAGACAUUGGAAUUUGAUGACAUGCCAUGCUUGAAAGUGUGGCACAUAUCUGACUCUGAAUAUUUUCCUCCACUCAGGAAGCUUGCAAUAAGAAACUGUCCAAUGUUAGAGGGAGAGAUGCUUCAUCAGGUAUUCUUGAGAACCCUUUCUUCUUUGUCAGCUGUUUCCAAAAUUUGCCGACUAGAGGGAGGACUAAAUGAAGAGAUGUACAGUUAUAAUGGGAAUGGUUUAUCAAUCAGGGGAACUGAAUCCGUGAAGUCUGCACUUAAGGCAAUAUGCAUCGACCGUCAAACUUGUCUCCAAGAAAUACAAAUCCAUGGGUGUUCAUUUGCUAUAUCCUUUCCGGGCAAUUGUUUACCCAAAUCUCUGAAAUGGCUGGCAGCCAUCAACUGCAGCAAACUGGAAUUCCCCGAGCAACAGCAGCAGAAAUAUGACUUGGUGGAGCUAUACAUUAGUAGCAGCUGCGAUUCACUGACUUCGUUGUCGUUGGAUGCCUUUCCCAAUCUCAAGACUCUCACUUUAUACGGGUGUAAAAAUCUUGAAUCAGUAUCAAUGUCAGAGCCAUCACAUGCUGCUCUUCAAAGUCUCACCAUCAAAUUUUGCCACAAUUUUGUGUCAUUUCCAAGAGAAGAACUGGCUGCUCUACAAAGUCUCGCCAUCUUUGAAUGCUACUCAUUUGUGUCAUUUCCAAGAGAAGGACUGGCUGCACCAAACUUGACUAAUCUCGAUGUCCAAUACUGCAACAAGUUAGAGGCAUUGCCGUAUCAAAUGAAUACUCUUCUCCCCAAAUUACACUCUCUCUACGUGCAUUCUAUCCCGAUUCCAGAGGGGGGUUUUCCACCAAACUUGAAAGAGCUUGCUAUCGGGGGACCAUGGAGGACUCUAUCGUCGAUCAGCAACUUGGACGCCCUCACUCAUCUCACCAUGUAUGGAGAUAAAUAUGAGAGCACAAAGCCAUUUCCAGACGUGGGUUCACUGCAUCACCUUCCCUCCCUUACUACUCUGUAUCUCAGCAAUUUUUAUAGAAUGGAGACGUUGGAGUCCAACCAGCUUCUCCACCUCACCUCCCUCCAGCAUUUACACAUUCUAUACGCUCCGAAGUUGAAGAAUAUAGCAGGAGAAAAGCUGCCUUCUUCUCUCCUACUACUUGAACUUGCAAUUUGUGGUUUCCUGGGAGAAUACUGCAAGAACAAGCAUCAACAGAUUUGGCCCAAAAUUUCCCACAUUCCCACUAUUCUAGUCGAUGGCCAACAAGUUUUUUGAAUACAGAUUUCUGAGCAGGUUGGAGAAUAUUGCCGGAGAAAAGCUACCUUCCUAUCUUACUGUUAUGGUGAUGGACCUGCUUUCUUCAUGGAUUCAACCAUUAAAAUGUGCAUUAGGCAGCUUCUAUGGCAAUUGCGACUUGGCCGGCAUGUAAAUACUUUUUGUAAAAUUUUCCAUUGGGAUAUUGCUAUUUUGAAGUCAAUUUUUUCUCAAGCUGAACUUGUCCCUACCGAUUCUGUUUUUGAAGCUAAAAUAAAAUGCUACAAUGUCGAGCACAUCAUCGAGCAGGUUCUGAUAUUUUCCUUUGUGUGAGGCCCAAGCAAACACUUUUUGGAGUGUCUCUCUCUAUGUUCCUUUUAGUGUGUUAACCUCGUCAAGUGAAAAAUCAGAUGGUCAAAUGUUUUCUUGUUUGAAUGGAGAUUCUUCACUCAUAGUUCUUCAAUUUGGAGCUGUGGUUGUGAUCUGAGCUCUCAAGUAGGACUGGCAGAAAGUGUGUAAACAAGCAUCGUUGAUUUCAUUUUGUUAAUGUGUUUGUGUCCUUGUGCAUGUAUGAUUAUUAGUGCUUGUAAGUUGUGAGACAUCUUUGUAACUUUCAUUUGGAUAAGACUUUGGUAUUUUAUUUUUCUGCCUUCUCUUCAAUAUUUUGCUGCUAUUAACUAUUGCCAUAUAUAGUGUGCCUAUAUUAUGUUUGGGUGCUUCCAAAUUAUGCCUUUGACAGGUUUAAUUUAUUCCCUCCAUUCUUAGAGUUAAAGAUAAUUUAUUCCCUCCCAAAUGCAGAACAUUGCCUUAGCCUAAAGGGAUGCAGUUUCUGGGAAGAUUCAAGAAAGGUGUGAAUGAGUUAUGACUUAUGAGUAUCACUCAGCACAUACUGAUACAGGGUGGUGUUAAAGUCAGUGAUAAUGUAGAUAGAUACAUAUACAUAUUUAUUUUAACUAUUUAAUCAAAUUAUUCCUUACAACAUA